CGUGCCCGGUGCUGCCCAGUCUUUGUCUGCUGCCUCCGGAUGCACAGCGAUGGGGGAAUGGACCAUCUUGGAGAGGCUGCUGGAAGCCGCGGUGCAGCAGCACUCCACUAUGAUCGGGAGGAUCCUGUUGACUGUGGUGGUGAUCUUCCGGAUCCUCAUUGUGGCCAUUGUGGGGGAGACGGUGUACGAUGAUGAGCAGACCAUGUUUGUGUGCAACACCCUGCAGCCCGGCUGUAACCAGGCCUGCUAUGACCGCGCCUUCCCCAUCUCCCACAUUCGUUACUGGGUCUUCCAGAUCAUAAUGGUGUGUACCCCGAGUCUCUGCUUCAUCACCUACUCUGUGCACCAGUCUGCCAAACAGCGAGAACGCCGCUACUCUACUGUCUUCCUAACCCUGGACAGGGAGCCCCCUGAGUCCAUGGGGGGUCCUGGAGGAACUGGGGGUGGAGGCAGUGGUGGUGGCAAACGAGAUGAUAAGAAGUUACAAAAUGCCAUUGUCAAUGGCGUGCUGCAGAACACAGAGAACACCAGCAAGGAGACAGAGCCAGAUUGUUUAGAGGUUAAGGAGCUGACCCCACACCCAUCAGGGCUGCGCACUGCUGCACGAUCCAAGCUCCGAAGGCAGGAAGGCAUCUCUCGCUUCUACAUUAUCCAAGUGGUGUUCAGAAAUGCCCUGGAGAUUGGGUUUCUGGUAGGCCAAUACUUUCUCUAUGGCUUCAGUGUCCCAGGGUUGUAUGAGUGUGACCGCUACCCCUGCAUCAAGGAGGUGGAAUGUUAUGUGUCCCGGCCUACUGAGAAGACUGUCUUUUUAGUGUUCAUGUUUGCUGUGAGUGGCAUCUGUGUUGUGCUCAACCUGGCUGAACUCAACCACCUGGGAUGGCGCAAGAUCAAGUUGGCCGUGCGAGGGGCCCAGGCCAAGAGGAAGUCAGUCUAUGAGAUCCGCAACAAGGACCUGCCCCGGGUCAGUGUUCCCAAUUUUGGCAGGACUCAGUCCAGUGACUCUGCCUAUGUGUGAAGGGGCAGCUUCACACAUAGGGCCUGGGGAAUGAAAUCUGCCCCAAGGCAGAUGACUACUCAGAGAGAGUGGCUGUAUCUGCCCUCAUUUGCCAUUGAGCUAUAGGACAAGACUAGUUAAGAGAAGACCCUGCAUCAAUGGGAGAGGAGAGAAAGUAGAGCCAUUACCACAGGUCACACCAUUGGUUCCUACAGAGACCACUGCGCAGAGUGAUGAGAUGGAUGAGUCGGACUUCUUUGGGCCUUUUCGCUGAUGGCCCAGUCUGAUCCUGCCAACAGUGUGCUUGCACAGCUACCAAGUAGGACUUAGCUCCACUGAGCUCAAUAUCCUGGUGAAUGGCAUUAACAAAUACUUCAUCGGUCCAAAAUUUGUGACCUAUCUCAACACGUCCCUUCAUCCUGGGCUGCAGGACAAACAUCCUUGAGGCAUCUUUCGUGUACCUCCCCCAUCAGCAUGCUCCUCUCCUUCAACCCAGGAUAGCAUGCCAGCUUUUUUCUGAAUCUAGCCUUACAGUAGACCUAAUACGGUUUAUCUGCAAGCUAGAGGGAAUUACAUGGGGUGCUUUUUGGAGAUUGGCCAUGGCAGAGGUUCGCAUUCAAGCCCCAUCUGACAAGCCCUUAGUCACUAUGAAAACCUUAGGAAUGUCUCAGUAUUUCCAAUUUUCUAACUCAAACUGCACUGGUGCUGUUUA